CUCCCCGUUGCUAGGAGACCCGGAACGCGGCGCGGGGGGCGGAGGCGGGCGAGCCGGGAGCCGCUGCCAGGGGCCCCCGAGCAAGCCUGGCCCUGGCGCCACCCCUACGCCGGCCACGAGGCCCGGCUGCGGCGGCAGGGAUGGGCUCGGCCUUCCAGAGUGCGCCCAGAGCGCCUCUUCCGUGCCGCUCGCCCUCCCUUGCACCGGGGACGGCGGCAUCACGGGGCUCCCGAUCAACCGCGCCAGCCCCGCUGCGUUCAGACAACCAUGCCGACACGCGUCUCGGCACUGGGGGGGGCUUUCCGGCGCGCGGGGGGCGUUUCACGAAUCUGGAUUGGUCCCGUCGCCCCGAGGCCCCGCCCCGCUCUGCCGGGCUCCGAAGCUGCUCGCUCGUUCCGCUCCGCAGCAUGUCCAGUGACCCUCCUCCACCCUAUCCUGGGGGCCCAUCAGCACCCCUCCUGGAAGAGAAGGAUGGGUUCCCCUUCCCCGCAGGUAGGAGCCCUCCAGUCAUGGUGCAGCCCCCUUCCGAUGUUGGCCCCCCACCCUAUGAAGCCAUGCCUCCCCCCCAGCCGGGCUUCAUUCCCACCCCUGUGCCAGCAGACAGCUCGAUGCCCUAUUUCCUCCCUGGUGGCUACUAUGUGCCUCCAGGGCCACACGCCCCCUUGGGCUACCAUCCUCCCACUGGCCCCUAUGCCCCUGCUGGAGGGCAAACAGCAACUGUGCUAGUGCCAUCAGGCACCGCAACCACUGUGACGGUCCUGCAGGGCGAGAUAUUCCAGGCUGCUCCUGUCCCAACAGUGUGCCCACACUGCCAGCAGGCCAUCACCACCAAAAUCACUCAUGAAAUUGGCCUCAUGAACUUUCUCCUUGGCUUCUUCUGCUGCUUUAUCGGGUGCACUCUGGGCUGCUGCUUCAUCCCCUGUCUGAUUGAUGAAUUUAAGGAUGUGACCCACACCUGUCCCAACUGCAAGGCCUACAUCUACACCUACAAGCACAUGUGCUAGCAGGGCCUGCUCGGCUGGAGAGCUCUGCCGCUGCCUCCUGGUUUGCCUUUCCCGUCUGCUUUCAUGCUUCUUCCUUCGCCCAGAGAGGCUCAGGGGCUGUGCCCCACCCCCCACCCCCCAGGGCUGUGGGGGAAUC